GGCAGCCUUCAGGGGCUUCGUGUCCUGACGUUAACGUCUGCGAUGGCGCGCCCGGCUUCGGGCCGCGGUCCCUUCCCCGCCGUGUUCGUAUCCCCUCUGCGCGUCCCUCACCGGUCUGAGCGAGGGCGAGACCCUCCAGGAAGGAGCCGAGGACGCGGACCUUCCCGGAGUUCCCUCAAGGCCGGGCGGCACGUCGGGCCCGGGCGCGCCCCUGGCUUCAGCGCUCCUGUUUUCCCUUUGUUGUUUGCCCGCGGGGACCGCAGGAACAGACUCGUGCUCGGUUAUUGCAGACCCGGAGGUUGCUGAUUUUAGGAUCCAGUAAAAGUUUAGUGAACUGGCUCUGAAGAACUUCUUCCUAACCCUCUUCUCUUCUGUUGGCUAUUUUAUUGUAUUACUUACUAAUCUUUGUAGAGAACUUUGAAUUACCAAGAUGAAGAAUUUUCCUUCUGCAUCAAGUACAGGAAAGGCUUUUUUUUUUUUUUUUUACAAAUGGAAAUGUCAAAAAUCUCUAUCAUAGCCUAAAAACAAAAUGUAGUUAAGAUUUAAUGAGUAAGUAAGAUUCAGAUGCAUUUGAGGCCUUUUAAGAUUUUAUUUUAUUUGAGAGGCAGAGUUACAGUGAGAGAGACAGAGAGAGGUCUUCCUUCCAUUGGUUCACUCCCCAGAUGGCUGCAACAGUUGGAGCUGCACUGAUCCACAACCAGGAGCUUCUUCCAGGUUUCCCACAUGGGUGCAGGGGCCCAAGGACUUGGGCCAUCUUCUACUGCUUUCCCAGGCCACAGCAGAGAGCUGGAUGGGAAGUGGAGCAGCCAGGACUAGAACCGGUGCCCUCAUGGGAUGCCCGCCACCACAGGUGGAUUAACCUACUGUGCUAUGGUGCCAGCCCCGAGGGCUGGCUUUCCACACUAUAAUGGGUAACAGACUAGUUCUGGUUCUUGCAAGCUGGGUUCAUCCUGAACCAGUGCCACCAGUGGGGGCAUUUAGGGGGCAAACCAAUGGAUAGAAGACCUUCCUCUCUGUUACUCUUUGGAAUAAAUAAGUCGGUUUUUUGUGUGUAUUUUGUUUUAGAUUUAAGGUACAACUGAAGUGGCUGUUGUGGGCAAAUUGGGACGGAAUCGUUGGAAAAGGAAGAUCUCUGUCUCUCCGCCCCCCUCUCUCUGUCACUCUGCCUUUCAAGAAAAUAAUCUUUAAAACAGAAGUUUAGGACAAUACAACAGUGUAGUCUAGAGCUGUAGGAGCAUCAGAUUGGGAAUCUGAGAUCUGACACCUGGAUCCUGAGAUUCAGACACACAGUUUACCAGGCCCUGCCUUUAGACAGCUGAAUCUGCUAGAAGACAAAACUAUUAAACCUGUGCAAUAAAGUUUUACUGGUGUGACUGCAGACUGAUGUGAUAAUGUGAGAAUAAAGAGGUGAUAAACAGGAAGGCUCCCUACCAAUAUGUGGGCAAUCUUAAGGCUGGUAUAAGCUAGGAGGGAGUGGGAGGUGUCCUCCAGCUAGACAGCAUAACUAUAAGCAGCGGUGGGUACUUGGCACAGUAGUUAAGCUGUCACUUGGGAUCUCUUCAUCUCACAUUUCAGUUUGAAUCCCAGCUCUGCUCCCAAUUUCAGCUUCCUGCUCCUGCAAACCCUGGGAGACAACAAGGGAUGGCUCAAUGCUUGGGUCCUUGCCUCCAACGUGGGAGACUUGGCUUGAGUUCCAGGCUCCUGGCUUUGGCCUGGCCCAGCCUUGGUUGUGGUGAGCAUUUGGGUGGGAGAUCUCUCUCAUUUCUUUAAAAUAAAAGUAAAUAAAACUAGUUCCACUUAGGAAUGUAUUGGCAGUGGGCAGAUCUGUACCACGGGCACAGGAACUGCAGUAUCCAGGUUCAAGCCCUGCCUCUGCCACUCCCCACCUACCUGACCUGAGUAGGUUGCUUAAUCUCUGCUUACUUUCUCCAGCUAUAGAGGGAAUGACAAAAAUCGUGUUUACCAGCCGGCACCGCAGCUCACUAGGCUAAUCCUCCACCUUGCGGUGCCGGCACACCACACCGGGUUCUAGUCCCGGUCGGGGUGCCGGAUUCUGUCCCAGUUGCCCCUCUUCCAGGCCAGCUCUCUGCUGUGGCCAGGCAGUGCAGUGGAGGGUGGCCCAAGUGCUUGGGCCCUGCACCCCAUGGGAGACCAGGAGAAGCACCUGGCUCCUGGCUUCGGAUCAGCAACAUGCGCCGGCCGCCGUGGCCAUUGGAGGGUGAACCAACUGCAAAGGAAGACCUUUCUCUCUGUCUCGCUGUCCACUCUGUCAAAAAUUUAAAAAAUUUAAAAAAAAAAAAGGCGGGUCCCAGCAGCUCGGGCGGCGGGGGCAGCGGCAGCGGCCAGGCAGCCCAGCUCCGCGAAGGCUCUCGGCGCGCCGCGGCCCGCAGGUACCCGGCACGUGCCCUCCGCGCCGCCAGGAUGCCCAAGAGGAAGGUCAGCUCUGCCGAGGGGGCGGCCAAGGAGGAGCCCAAGAGGAGGUCGGCGCGCUUGUCGGCGAAGCCGGCCCCCGCCAAGGUGGAAGCGAAGCCCAAGAAGGCCGCCGGGAAGGAUAAGUCAUCAGACAAGAAAGUGCAAGCAAAGGGGAAGAGAGAAGCAAAGGGAAAACAGGCCGAGGUGGCUAACCAAGAAGCUAAAGACCUGCCUGCAGAAAACGGAGAAACGAAAAACGAGGGGAGUCCAGCCUCUGAUGAAGCAGAAGAGAAAGAAGCCAAGUCUGAUUAAUACCAUACACCAUGUGUUAUCAGUGCUCCCUGUCUCCCUUCUUGUACAAUCCAGAGGAAUAUUUUUA